UUGUCUGAAUCAGUAUAGAAAAGCCGAUCGUUGAAUCAACAUGGUGGUGGCAAAGAAAUACACGGUUGUGACUCCAUUUGUCGGGGAACCCAAGGAAAGUGAUUUUCAAAUCGUUGAAGAAGAAUUACCAGCUUUACAAGAAAACGAAUUUCUAGCAGAAGCAGCAUACUUCAGCGUUGACCCCUAUCAAAGAGUAAAACUCGGCGCUAUUUACCCAUGUGACAUGAUCGGAGGUCAAGUAGCGAAAGUAACAGAGAGCAGAAACCCUGAUUAUCCCGUUGGUGCUUGGGUCAUGGGACAUUUUGGCUGGCGAACACACACCGUCGUGAACCCGGAAAACUCGAAAUUUUCUAACCAAAAGCCUUAUCUGUACCGCUUACCCGAUUUUGGAGAAUUACCCGUGUCUUUGGGACUCGGCGUUUGUGGAAGAGUUGGAAAUACUGCAUACUUCGGCCUUACCUCAAUCUGUAAUCCCAAGGCAGGAGAGACCCUCGCCAUUUCAGGAGCUGCCGGCGCUGUGGGCUUACAUGUGGGACAAAUUGCAAAAAUAUUAGGUUGUCGCGUGGUUGGCUUCGCUGGGUCAGACGAGAAAUGCGAAUGGCUUGUGAAAGAGCUUGGAUUUGACGCGGCCAGUAAUUACAAAACUGAUAAUAUUCAACAAUUCCUAAAAGAAAACGCUCCUAAUGGCGUAGACUGUUACUUCGACAAUGUUGGUGGGGAAAUCAGUAGUAUGGUCCUGUCCCAAAUGAACAACUACGGGAGAGUGGCCGUUUGCGGGGCUAUUGCUAGUUACAAUGAAACUGAUCCAGAAAAACGAAAAGCAACUAUAAUACAGCCAUUCGUUGUCGGCAAACAAUUAAAAAUAGAAGGAUUUCAAGUCAACAGAUUUGCUGAUCAAACAAUGGAAGGAAUUAAACAAAAUCUGCAGUGGGUUAAAGAGGGCAAGCUAAAAUACCGAGAACACACCUAUGAUGGCUUUGAAGCAGCAGUUGAAGCUUUCCUUGGAUUAUUUACAGGGAUGAAUACAGGAAAGAGUCUCGUCAAAGUGUCAUAAAAACAUUUUUAUUAAGCUAUCUUAAUGAUUAUAAUAAAUAUAAUAUAUACAUAUAACAUUAUUAAAGCAUAUUCAAUACAACACCACACCUUAUUAAACCUUAAUCACCUGCGUUUGCGUCGCUUAGGAGCAGGUUGGUUCGAAUUUUUUUGGUCAUAUUUAUUUAUGAACAACUCUUCAUAAAUUAAACUAUUAGCAUCAGGACUUAAAAACUUUGACAGCUCUUGGUAAAGUUGUUUUUUGUAUGAUUCUUCCUUACACGAUGUCUGUGUGGCAGUUGAUUUACGAGGCUGAGAUUUUUGGUUUACACACUUUUGUAACUCAGCAAUUUUUUUAGAGUUUUGAUCUAUUUUAUCUAUUAAAAUAUUUUCCAUACGCUGCAUUCUGGCUUCUAUGAAUUUCAUAGUAUAUUCAUGUCUAUCUGGCAAUUCAGCUUCUUUUGAGAGGUAGGAACCAAUAUUUUGUUUGGAACUAACUUUUUCUUUCAACUCCUUUCUCUUUGGACUAUCUGCAACGUUUUCAGCAUUUUUAUCGUGUUCAUCUAGUUUUUCUAAACAUGUUUCUAUUAUAUCACGCAACUUUUUAUUAAAAUUUCUCUUCUUUUCUAUAGCAGCAACCCUCUCAGGUGAAAUUUUAUUUUUUAUUGCAGGUGGUUUGGGAAUUAUUUCUCUUAUUUUCAUGCCUUUUUUAUUUUGUACUUUUAAAGGCCUUGAUUUAUUAUCUACCACUAUAUUUUUAAAUUCAUCAACUUUCUUUGGGAUUACUUCAGUGGUACUAAUUGUUUGUUGUGUAUUAUUUGUAAUAUCUGGUUGUAAAUAACUUAUUUUUUCUUUUUUGAUUGGUAUUACCAGGGAUACUGGAACAGGUUCCAGUUUAUCACUUAUUUUGAUAGGGCCUGUGAUUUUUUUGUCACAUAGUAUCUUGAUUUUAGGUUUUUUAGUUUUAUUUGAAUUUUUUUCCUGAUUUCGAAUUUCUUGUUGCUGUACUUCUGUGCUAUUAUUUAUAAUACAAUUGUCUUUAAUGUCGUACUUUUCUUCAAAGUUAUCUACUGGGUCAUAUGGAUUUCUGUAACCCGAGGGACCUUUCAAAACUAACAUAUUUUCAUGAAAUUGAGUAGAUGUUUCAGGAUACUGAAUUUCUGAGGGUUGUUGAAUGUGGCCAUAAUUAUUUUCAGAAGUCAUUGUAUGGUCUUCCUUUUGUGGCCAUUUUAAGUUUAAAUCGGUUGGCUGUUCAAUAACUACAUUAGUGAAUGUAUUAAAGUUGUUCAUAUUGGCUAUCAUAUUAUUAUUCUCUUGGUUUAAAAGUAAUUCAUUCAAAUCUUGAUUUAAAGGAAUAUUGUUAUAGGUUUCCUGAUUCGUAAUAACAUUAACUGACCCUUGAUUAUCAAGCAAAUUUUUAAAUUCAUUAUUUGAAAUGGUAAAUACAUCAGUGACAGGCUUCUUGCCUUUAUUUGACCUUUUGCUACGAGUUGAAACUCUUGUUAUUUGCUCUGAAACCUCAUUUGUUGUACUAAUGUCAGGUAGCGUUGCAUUUUCAAAUUCUGAUAUUUUUGUGUUCAGUUCUAUAUUGCUUUCAGUGGGCAGAGUAUUAAAAGUAUUUUCAAUGUAUUCCUCUUUCAGUGUAUCAUAAGUAUUUUGACUACUUUUAGUCUCCGAUUUAAGUUCAUUAGUGACAACUUUAUUGUUCCAUAUUGUUUCAUUCAAUGACUGCUUUUCCCAGGUAUCACCAUUGGUGAGAAAAUCUGCGUAAAUAAUUGAGGACUUACUUUUAUUAACAUACUUGUUUGGAACAUUCUCACUAUCGUUUAGUAUAAGAGAGUACACAUUAACAGCAGCAUUAGCUUCCAUUGUUGAUUGCUCAUCUGAAGUGUUACUAGAGUCACAGUAAGGCCCAUCUUCCGUAGGUAUGGCAUAAUGAGUCAGUCGUUCUUUCUGAAAUUAAUUAAAACAUUGUGUAAAGAAAAUGUUAUCAUCAAAUCACAAUAAGCAUAAGCUUAUUCUCCCAGUUUAAAUACUUUAUGAGUCUUUGUUUUUAUAAGUGCCACUUGUGUCUAAACUGAAUAAAUAUUUUUUGAUUUUGA